AUACAACAAAUCUCCCUCCAACUCCAACAAAACAAUAAUCUCCAAUCCAUUUCACCUUCCACUUUCGUUAACAAAUUGCUGUCUUCACCUAAUACAUUAUCAUCAUUAACAAUUAAUUAAUUAAUUAACAACAAAUUUAAAUUAAUUAAUUAAUUAACAAAAUUAUAUUAAUCAAAUUUACAAAUAUUAUUGCUGUCUCACCAUCUCCAUCGGAAACUGUUUUUUUCUUUCUUCUUCAUUUUUUUCUCUCCAAUUUCCUUCCACCUUUUUUCCCUCUUUAUAUAUAACACAUCUUUUCUUUUUCCUUUCUCUCGUAAUUCACCUCACAACAUUCAAAUUACAUUCUCUCUUUCUCUCUAAUCAUCAUGGCGCCGAGCAUUCAACUAACUUCCGCCGGCGCCGGUAACGACUCCGACUCCGGCGACCUUGAAGAUGUCCGCCUUCUAGAUUCCUACGAUAAACGCGAUAUUGAAGACGGAACCAAACGGAUUCAGGUUAGAAUCUCCGGCAUGACAUGCGCCGCUUGUUCAAACUCCGUUGAAGCCGCUCUUAAGUCCGUCGACGGCGUAAUUGAAGCCUCCGUCGCUUUACUUCAGAAUAAAGCCGACGUCGUUUUCAAUAAAAACCUCGUCAAGGAUGAAGAUAUUAAGAAUGCAAUUGAAGAUGCAGGUUUUGAAGCUGAGAUCUUACAUGAACCGGUUUCCGUUGGACCGAAACCGGUUGGUGAUAGUACGGUGGUUGGACAGUUUACGAUUGGUGGUAUGACGUGUGCGGCGUGUGUGAAUUCUGUUGAGGGAAUUUUGAAGAAUAUCGCCGGAGUGAAAAAAGCGGUGGUGGCUUUAGCUACUUCAUUAGGUGAAGUUGAGUUUGAUCCAAAAGUUAUUAGUAAAGAAGAAAUUGUUAGUGCAAUUGAAGAUGCUGGUUUUGAAGCUUCUUUUGUGCAGAGUACUAGUCAAGAUGAGAUUGUUUUAGGUGUUGUUGGUGUUGUUGAUGUUCAGGUUUUGGAGAGUAUGUUAAGUGGUUUUAAAGGGGUGAGGCAGUUUCGGUUUGAUCCUUUGUUGAGUGAACUUAAUGUUGUUUUUGAUCCUCAAGUUCUAAGUUCUAGAUCAGUGUUUGAUGGGAUUUGUGCAGUUAGUAAUGGCAAGUUUAAGGUGCAUGUUAGAAGUCCUUAUGCCAGAAUGGCUUCCAAAGAUGGAUCAGAGAGUGAAACCAUGUUUCGACUUUUUACUUCCAGCUUGUUUCUUAGUAUUCCUCUCUUCUUCAUGGGGGUAAUUUGUCCUCAUAUUCCAUUUAUAUACUCUUUAUUGCUUUGGAGAUGCGGGCCUUUCCUCAUGGAUGAUUGGUUGAAGUGGGCAUUAGUGAGUGUCAUCCAAUUUGUGAUUGGAAAGCGCUUCUACAUAGCAGCUAUCAGAGCUCUUAGAAAUGGUUCAACAAACAUGGAUGUCCUGGUUGCUUUGGGAACUACGGCAUCAUAUGUUUAUUCUGUUUGUGCUCUUCUGUAUGGUGCUCUUACUGGAUUUUGGUCUACAACAUACUUUGAAACAAGUGCUAUGCUUAUAACAUUUGUAUUGUUGGGCAAAUAUUUGGAAUGUCUUGCCAAAGGAAAGACAUCUGAUGCCAUUAAGAAGUUAGUAGAACUGACUCCUGCAACAGCUCUGUUGGUUGUUAAAGACAAAGAUGGUAAAUCUAUUGAAGAAAGAGAAAUAGAUUCCCUGCUUAUUCAACCUAGUGACACAUUAAAAGUUCUUCCUGGUACAAAGAUUCCCGCUGAUGGUAUUGUUAGCUGGGGCUCAAGUUAUGUGAAUGAGAGUAUGGUGACUGGUGAAUCUAUACCUGUUUUGAAGGAGAUCAAUGCAUCUGUUAUUGGAGGUACAAUCAAUUUGCAUGGCGUCCUUCAUAUUCAAGCCACCAAAGUAGGAUCCGAUACAGUUUUGAGUCAGAUAAUUAAUUUGGUGGAGACAGCCCAGAUGUCCAAAGCUCCCAUUCAAAAGUUUGCUGAUUAUGUAGCAAGCAUAUUUGUUCCUACAAUUGUAGCUCUGUCAUUAUUGACACUAUUAUGUUGGUAUACUGCUGGGGCUCUUGGAGCUUACCCGGAUGAAUGGCUGCCGGAAAAUGGAAAUCACUUUGUUUUUGCCCUUAUGUUUUCUAUAUCUGUUGUGGUGAUUGCAUGCCCAUGUGCACUUGGUUUGGCAACACCAACUGCUGUCAUGGUGGCAACUGGGGUUGGGGCAAACAACGGUGUGCUGAUUAAAGGAGGAGAAUCCUUAGAAAGGGCUCAGAUGGUGAAGUAUGUUAUAUUUGAUAAAACCGGAACUCUAACUCAGGGUAAAGCCACUGUCACUGUUGCCAAGGUGUUUGCAGGAAUGGACCGUGGAGAAUUUCUUAAAUUGGUGGCUUCUGCUGAGGCUAGCAGUGAACACCCGCUGGCAAAAGCGAUAUUACAAUAUGCACGCCAUUUUCACUUCUUUGAUGGGUCCUCUCUUACCAAUGGUUCCCAGAAUGAUGUCAAUGAGUUAAAAUCAGGGUGGCUUUAUGAUGCCUCAGACUUCUCUGCUAUUCCAGGAAGGGGUGUGCAGUGCGUUAUAGAUGGACAGCGUGUUUUGGUUGGUAACAGGAAGCUGCUGGAGGAAAGUGGCAUAAAUAUUUCUACUGAAGUGGAAAGUUUUGUUGUAGAGCUUGAAGAAAGUGCCAAGACUGGGAUCCUUGUAGCAUGUGAUGGUAUAUUGAUUGGAGUCAUGGGCGUUGCAGACUCACUUAAGCGAGAAGCCUUUGUUGUUAUAGAGGGCCUCCAGAAAAUGGGAAUCACACCUGUUAUGGUUACAGGAGAUAACUGGAGAACAGCUCGCGCUGUUGCCAAGGAGGUUGGUAUUCGAGAUGUUAGGGCAGAGGUUAUGCCUGCAGGAAAGGCUGAUGUUGUUCGUUCAUUCCAAAAAGAUGGAAGUAUAGUUGCAAUGGUGGGUGAUGGUAUAAACGACUCUCCUGCAUUAGCUGCUGCAGAUGUUGGUAUGGCAAUUGGAGCUGGAACAGAUAUUGCAAUAGAAGCCGCUAAUUAUGUGUUGAUGAGAGAUAAUUUGGAAGAUGUGAUCACAGCUAUUGAUCUUUCUAAGAAGACCUUUUCUCGUAUUCGAUUGAAUUAUGUAUUUGCGAUGGCCUACAAUAUUAUCGCCGUACCAGUUGCUGCAGGGGUUUUAUUUCCUUCACUGGGGAUCAAGCUUCCACCAUGGGUUGCUGGUGCAUGCAUGGCUCUCUCGUCUGUUAGUGUUGUAUGUUCUUCUUUGCUUCUUAGAAGAUAUAGAAAACCCAUACUUACUACAAUACUUCAUGAAAUAGUUGUAAAUUAACAAGAAAUGAAAAAUAACAAUUUCAGAGGGUGCAAAUGAGUUGGACCCUUGUAAUUCCAAUUUUGUGCAUUUUCCUUAAGAUCCUCUCACGUGCGCGCUCAUUGUGCAAUUGUAAUUGUAGCCGCCAAUUUAUUGUAAAUUUACUUGUAAUUGCAUAGCCCUCA